AUGCUAAAGACCGGUCUCAUCGAGAGUGACAAUCAAAAAGUUGGUGUUCGAGUCGCGCACAUUGACGGAUCCGAAAGAGCCGACAAUGUGCAUCUAAUCGAAAUUCGCCGUAUCAUCUCGCUUGUCGGUAUGUUUUUAUAGAUUUUUAAUUUGUUUCAGGGCGCGAAAUCCCGUGAGAAAUUGCGGAUUUCAUUAGUUUUUGAGGCCUUCAAGUUCUCUUAUUUGAAAUUUCCAGUUCAGUAGAGCACAUUUGCACACAAAACAAUAUUUCAGGUGCUACAUACUUCCUGUUCAUGACUGGUUGGGUGGUCCCAGUGGCAUGCGUCAUCACAGUCACAUCCCUCUUCCCUUUGAUGUUGAUCAGGUUAGUAGAUUAACAGAAAUUCGGAAAAUAUAAAUGAAAAUACUUAUUUUUUCAAUUAGCUCACACACACACACACACACUCAGAAAUUUCUUCUUUUCCAGCAUGCCUUUGUUUAAUUACCUCGAGCACAAAUUAUGCGGAAUGGUGAAUGCGCACUGGAAUGCGGUGGCUGUUUACUGUGGAUGCUCGGGUGAGUCAUAGUCACACGAAAGUUCUCUAAUUUUUUGAAUGUUUUAGUGACAGAAUACGGAAAGAAUCUGAGCGAGUUUGCCGAAGAAAAAUGCCUUCUGCUGGCCAACCAUCUGGGACUCCUUGAUCAUUUCGUCCUCAUGCAGAGUCUCAAUGGAAAAGGAUCGAUCCGAUCUAGGGUAAGAUAACAUAACGACCAUCUGCUGAUCACAUGAAGCAUAUUGGCGAAAGGAAUUGUGGACUAAAUAAAAUAGCAAAAUUUCAGUGGAUGUGGGUGAUCUACAAUAUCUGGAAGUACACGCCACUUGGAGUCAUGUGGACGUCCCACGGCAACUUUUUUGUCAACGGAGGAGCUAGCAAACGCGACAGUGUCCUGAAAUCCUUCAAAGAUCAUCUCCAAAACUACUUCUACAAGUACGAUUACGGAUGGAUCAUCAUGUAUCCAGAAGGUUCGUUGCGUACUUGAUUUGCAUUGUUUUGCAAAAGUGAUGUGAUACUAUCAUGUGGUCGGAAACAGUCCUUAUCAUCUUGUUUGUUUUCACCACAGGAUUAGUGCAUUAUACAUUGCAUUUGGUGGCACUAAUAAACAAACCAACCGGCAAUGAGACCGUUUAUUUCAGGAUCUCGCCUGUAUUUGGUCAAGAAGAGCGCUCGUCAGUUCGCCGAGAAGAACAACCUCAAGCCGCUUGAUAACUGCGUCUACCCACGUACUGGAGCCGCCCACGCUGUCUUAGAAGCUCUUGGGCCUAAUGACGGUAUGUAUACUAUAGGGGAAUUUCAAUGUGAACACGUGAAAACAGCUCGGGACACGAAUUUGAAUCAAGUCGAAUUCCACGCACAGAUGGAAGAGAAACACUCACUAGUCCCCCGGCCAUGCCGAUUUACGAGCAUCUUUCGUUGAUAUUCUUCAACCGGGGAACUUGUGUGUUUAUUGUUUCCCAAAUCCGUUUUUGCGCGAAAAUUCCUAACAGAGCGCGUUUACAUUGAAAUUCUCCGAUAGUAUAACACAAUACCUCUUUUCCACCUCCUUAACUCGCUUUUUCCCAGAAACCCUACAAAUGUCGAAUUGCGGAAAAGGAGCGCCAAUCAAGUACAUUAUCGACGCGACAAUCGGUUACCACCGCGGAGUCGUUCCGGAUAUCUGCGACGCAAUGAUGGGAGACUGGUCAACCCACGACGCCUCCGCCUUCGCCGUCCAUUAUGAUGUGAUCCCAGUCAAGCCGGAGUGGUCCGAUGAGAAUAAACUGAAGGAUUUCCUCUACGAGAGAUACGCCCAAAAAGUGAGUAUUUCGAGCCAUAAAACAAGAGACCGACAUAGCUCGAAUAUUUUCAGGACAAGUUGCUCGCCGAGUUCUACAAGACCGGGCACUUCCCUGGAGAGCAGACAAAAGUGGUGCCGAACAACUUUGAGAUGCUAGGUGCCCAGGUGUUCUGGGGAACACUGUAUUACAUCCACUACUACUACUGGCUCCGUCCGCUCAUCGUUUACACGUGGACGUCUUUUGUUUCUCCGUUCUAAACGUUCUCAUCUCUAAAACUGGUCACAAAAACUUCCCCAUACACAUUCUUCCUAUGGAUUGCCAACUCAAAUUCGUUCCGAUUAUGUCUUUUGAAAAGACGUUGGUUUUUUACUCUUCAUAUUUAUGUAUGUUGUAAUUUGAACUCCACAUUACUUUUGGUUCUCUCUCUCUCUCUCUCAUACCCCUUUGAUUCAGCAAAAGAUCCCAUUCCUGAGACAGGUCUAAAGUCAUUCUUGCUGUACGUAUCUGUUUGCAGAAUUGUGUAUAUGAAAAUGUUUAAUAAGGGAUUUGAAAAAAAUGGAAUUCUGUCUUCUUAUCGCAUGAUACUGUACAAAAACUGGUUUGGACACGAGUUGAGUGCAAUAAAAGUUAAUGAUCUCACCGCAAAAAGUGUUCACUUCUUCUGCAAAUUUGUUCAUCGCUCUUCCCUUUCUUGUUUGCAGAUGACAUUAGGUAAGUCUGUACUAACUGCUAUUGUAUCGCAAGUGAAUAGGCGGAAGAAAGAAGAUAAAAAGGAGAGAGAAAGAGACGGUAAACAUUCUGGAAAAAGGCGAAGGACAUCGAGAAGGGGAUACGCCCAGUUGAGGCAAACUGUCCGAUUGAACACAUUGAGGCCGAUCCCACCACAAUUGGCCAGCCAGGCGGGUAGCCAGGCAGUCAAACAGCCGGCCGCCCUUCUUUUCUCUUUAAAAAAACCUGUUUCGGAAUAGCGAGGGAGUCGUUGGGCAAUCAAGGCAGUUGGGGGUCUCCAUUCUUGUAAGGACGUCGUUAUUUGAUUAUUUAUUCGGUCCUAUUCCUCCACCUCUUUCUCCUCAAACUGCUACCCUCUUCUUACCGUUUCAUUUGAUUCCAGCUCUAUCAUCAUGACCCUCCCGGUUUCUAUGGACGACAAGGAGCUGUUUCCCAAAGUCGACAUUUUGAAUUUGAGUUUCUCGCCAAAAUCUGAAGUGGACAGUGAUGUUUUUAAGCAGGUUAGCUCAAAUAAAAGCAAAACAUCAAUCAAACAGUGAGAUUUUCAGAUGUUCACAUCGCUGAACCGUUUGUGGUGGUCGCGUCUGGUGAUCUCCGUUCGUGGCUAUGUUAUCAACUACGUUCAGCAAAAUGACGACGUUCUGUUUAGUUGCGAUGACGCGUUCAUCAAAAUCCAUCAGAAAUUGGCGGAGAAAGAGAGUCAAUUCGAGGACGCCUUUGAGGUUAAUCACCGUUUUUCGAAACGAUUCAAUCAAAUGAUAGGUUUACAGUACCUCACAGCAAUCUUUCAUAUCAUCCGAGAAAAGAACACACUGAUCCAACUGAUCUCAAAUCCGAAAAGUAUUGCGACAACUCAAAUUCCACCCAACUUGGAGCGCUCAUUCGGCAUCAUUCUCGGGGAUCUUUCGCCGAAGGCUAUUCAGCUGACUAUCGGUGCGACCUUAUUCAACUUUCCGUUUCUUCUCCUUUCUCACGUGUCUUCUUUGCAACAAAGCAAUGGUUUUCAGCCCAGCUACCCGCCUAUACAAUGUUUAUCAAAGUUGUCGUCAAUUUACAACAACGAUGGGAAAAUGAGAAGUUGAAGAAGAAGUCGAUCCGUUUUGAGACUGAUCCCGAAUGGGAACCUGAUGAGAGAGUUGUGCUCUUCCAGACUUUUGCUUCAGGUAUUCAGAUGGAAAGUUUUCCGAAAGUUAACAACUUCCAGACAAUCGAACAUGGGUCCUAUUGGACUUUGAUCGGUACAUUCUGCAACAAUGGAAACCCAACGGCACUUCUGUCAUUUUCGGUGACCGAUUUGUUGAAAAAGUUAGUACUCUUAUUGACGUUUCCCUCACCCUAAACUAUAAUUAUAGAAAAAACGAGCGGGACUGAAAUUAUGCUCCACUUGUGGAAUGCUUGAACAAAAGGUACAUCCACUCAACUUUAAAAACCUUUCUUAACUAAAAUUUCAGAAAACUCAAUUCGCUCAGCUGAAUGACCAGGCGUACUGUUCGAAAACAUGUUUCGACGAGACCAAUUCGCCGAUGAUCGUGAACAAUCAUGGUGCAACCGUUGUCCGUUUAUAA